AUGACAGCCCUCAGGAGGGUUUCAUCCCUGCUGCUGCUGCUGGCGCUGAUGCAGUCCGGAGCUCUUUGCGCACGGAGGUUCCGCGGUGGUCGCAACCCGCAGCCGCGACGCGCACCCCCUCCUCCUCCUCCGGCCUACCGGGCCGACCGGGGCGACACCACGGAGAGCUUCCCUCUGGACUUCACCGCCGUGGAGGAGAACAUGGAUAACUUCAUGACACAGGUCAAGAACCUCGCCCAGUCCCUGUACCCGUGCUCGGCGCAGAAGCUGGAGAACGACAUGAAGCUGAACUUUUUGGAGAAUACAUCAGUCACCUGCAACGACGGGAGUCCUGCGGGGUACUAUCUGAAAGAAUCGCGAGGCAGCAGACGGUGGCUGAUAUUCUUAGAGGGUGGCUGGUACUGCUUCAACAAGGAGAACUGCGACAGCCGAUACGAGACCAUGAGGAGAUUGAUGAGCUCAUCCAAGUGGGCCCAAACUAAAACAGGCACAGGGAUCCUGUCUCCACUGCCGGAGGAAAACCCUCACUGGUGGAAUGCCAACAUGGUGUUCCUCCCGUACUGCUCCAGCGACGUGUGGAGCGGCGCUACGGCCAAAACGGAGCAAAGUGGCUAUGCCUUCAUGGGCUCACUGAUUAUCCAGGAGGUGGUGAAGGACCUGCUGAACAAAGGUCUGGACAACGCAAAGGUCCUCCUCUUAGCAGGAAGCAGCGCUGGUGGCACUGGGGUCCUGCUGAACGUAGACCGCGUGGCGGAAACACUGGAGGGACUCGGACACACUGGGAUACAAGUGCGAGGUCUGGCUGAUUCUGGCUGGUUCCUGGACAACAAACAGUACCACUGCACAGACUGUGUGGACGCUGUCAACUGUUCACCCACUGAGACCAUCAAAAGAGGCAUAAAGUACUGGGGAGGAGUGGUGCCAGAGAGGUGCCAGCAGACACAUCAAGGAGAAGAGUGGAACUGUUUCUUUGGAUACAGAGUAUUCCCGUCAAUAAAAAGCCCAGUGUUUGUGGUCCAGUGGCUCUUUGAUGAGGCCCAGCUUACAGUGGACAACAUCCAGCUGACCGGACAACCUGUGCAGGAAGGCCAGUGGCGCUACAUCCAAAACCUGGGCAUAGAGCUGAGAAACACUCUCAAAGAUGUCCCGGCUAUGUUUGCUCCAGCAUGCCUAUCUCAUGAAGUUAUCACCAGAAACUACUGGAUUGACGUGCAGGUUAAAGGCACCUCCUUGCCUCGAGCGCUGCACUGUUGGGACCGGAGCCUCAAUGACAACAGGAACAACAAAGCCCCGCCCAAAGGCUGCCCGGUGCAUUUGAUCGACAGCUGCCCGUGGCCACACUGCAACCCCACCUGCCCCACCAUCCGAGACCAGUUCACGGGACAAGAGAUGAACGUCAUUCAGUUCCUCAUGCACAUGGGCUUCGAUGUGCAGAAGAUGGCUCAGCAGCAGGGCAUGGACCCCAGCAAGCUAUUGGGCAUGCUCAGCAGCGGCAGCUAA